AUGGCGUUAGCUUUCAGCUUGGCGGCCGUCCGGGAUCGGCUUCUGAGCUUCUUCGAUGGCGCCGAAAACGCGGCCGAGAACCCAGACCCUCUCCUGGACGUCGUGCACCAGUACCCAGAAGAGGCCGCGUGGUUCAUCAAGGUGGUGAUGUUCUUCGGCAGCAUCUCCGGCGUGAUCAUCUCCAUCCCUUGCGGGCUUUUUCUCACCCUGUACUGGGCGCCUUGCGGCCUGUGCAACCGGCCCUUAAGGUAUUGGAUCCUGGUGCAUUGCGUCCUGCAGCUCCUUCAGGCACCGGUGCGGCUCGUCUUCUUCUUGCGCCUGUGCCACAUCCAGCGCCUCAACGGCAACAUCCAGGAGUGCGUGCGCCACCUGACCCACAGCGCGGCAUGGAGGACUAGCAAGGUGGUCUCCAUCAUUACUUACGGUUGGUUUAUCCUUGGCGUGGUCUGGCUGCUGAAUUCCACCUACUGCAAGCCAUGCCCGGGGCUGUACAGGCUGUCCCUGGCCGUGAUCUUCGCUGCAGUGGCGAGGCUUCUGAUGACCCUCAUCGUCUUCUACCACUCCUUUCCUCCACGGUUCCAGGGCCAGCAGCCGCCCCCAAAACCGCGAGGUGCCAACCAAGAGCUCAUCGACUCCAUGCCAUUGAUUGUGUACUCGCCUGAAGUGCGUGGCGAAGGCCCGGAGACAAGCUGCGCCGUGUGUUUAAGUGAUUUUGACAGAGACGCUGUGCUGCGACGAUUGCCUUGUGGCCACAGCUUUCACAGGGGCUGCAUUGACAAGUGGCUGAAAAGAAACAAAGUCUGCCCUCUGUGCCUUCAGGACAUUGAGGUUCCACAGCCGUCGCCGAAGGGCCGCUGGGGAGCCAAGGACAAGACCAGCUAA